AUCACCUCAGUCACCAUGCCACAACUUCGCUACAACGUCGCGACAACCCUGGACGGGUACAUUGCCUCUUCAAAUGGCUCGACCGAUUGGAUUGUCGAGGACUCUAGCAUUGACUUUGAAGCUCUAUAUAGGGAGUUUGACUUCUUCGUCAUGGGUCGCAAGACGUACGAGGUUAUGGUCGCUCUUGGGGCCCCGAGUGAGAAUCCUCUGUUCAAACGACCUAAAAACGCUGUUAUUGUGGCAAGCCGAACUAUGCGACCAGAGGAUUUCCCCAAUAUUACCGUUAUAUCAGAGAACAUUGUCGACUUCAUCCGAGACUUAAAGUCUGGCAAUGGAAAGGAUAUUUGGCUUAUGGGAGGCGGCACGCUGGCGACACAAUGCCUGGAGGCUGGCUUGCUUAAUUCUAUCGAAGCGGCCGUCAUGCCUGUUAUACUGGGGGAUGGUAUCAGGAUGAUUGAGGAGUUUGACAGAAGCCCUGCUAAGCUAAACCUUACAGGGUGUAAGUGUUUGGAUAGUGGGAUUAUUAUGACCCAAUACCUGGUGGUUGCAGAGAAGAAUAAAUGAAGAAGGCUUAAUAAGGGAUGGUAGAGGCUUCAUGCUGAAAGUGAUGACUGAAUGGGAGAUAUGCAAGACAAAACCAGA